UAGCGCCGCAACGACAACAAGCAAGAACGCUCGACAGAGAGGAGUGUGUGGACUCGACGGCACAACAUAUCCAACAAGUMAAUAAAAACAAGACACACGUACGAGUAUUCGAACGACAAUGACAAUGGCAGACGACCCCGAGCCGAAAGAGGACUGUUGCUCCAGGCUGGGCAGCGUGAGUUUCGGGUCUUUUGGGGUUUAUUCGUCGUUGCUUUCUGUCUUCCGCAGAAUGYAAAUGUUCGCGUUCCUUUUUCCUUCCUCGUUGAUAGCGAUGGCUCGUUUCGUUUCGCUUCCGGUCUCACCGCUUCCCCGAUGUUUCUUUGUUUGGGAUUGGAAUGCAAUGCYGGGUCCAAUGCAUCGCAUCGCAUCRCAUCGCGUGCAACGUGCCAUCCGCAUCCCCCGGCCGGCCACGCAAAAAAACGCGCAGAAACUCGCGUCGGUGGCGCUCUUCGACAACGCGGGACUUCCGGUCUUUCCGGGCCUUCCGGGAAGGGAGGAUCCCCGCGUCCGGGACUUUCUCGGUGCCGCCGAGGACGAACCGGUACAUCCCGUGGUGAUUGUCGGGGCGGGGGUGGCCGGGGUCUUUGCGGCGAGGGCCCUGGACCACAUGGGGAUCGGCAACUACCUCGUCCUGGAGGCCUCGGACCGCAUCGGGGGCCGCCUAAAGGACACUUCCACCGGAGGCAACGGCAAUGGCAAUGGCGAUGGCGAUGGUAAACCCUUUCUGAACGGAGCCGUUCCGCUCGAUCUCGGGGCCGAGUGGAUCCACACCCCGAACGGGCGGGAGGCCGUCACGCACAUGCUGGASGUCUUUUCGGACGAUUCGUCGAUUCCGCUUCCGGCGGCGGCAACGCCGAGCCCCCUCCUGGAAGACUCCAACUUUGUGGCCUACAAUCCUUCCUUUUGGUUCCAAAAGCGAGAGCUCGGCAUCUUCAAGAAGGUCUACCAAGAAACCAAGUGGAACCGAUCGACCUGGAACCAGUACCUCGACGAGUGCCUGGUAAAGGCCUCGCCAAACCUGGCCAAAAACCUCCGCCUAGAGGCCCCCGUGGUGGGGAUCUCGUACGGGGCGUCAACGUCGWCGUCGUCGUCAACAACAACAACAACAACUCGCAAGAGGAUCACCCUGGAGGUUCUCGCCAAGGACGGAACCACCGUCGACAAGGUAGUGGCCUCCAGGGUGAUCUGCACGAUCCCGCUCGCCGUCCUCAAGACCAAGGCGGCGGCGGGGGCCGGCACCCCCCAAAGCGGGGAAGGAGCCAACGAAAGGGCCUUUUUCGAUCCCCCCCUGUCCCCUUCCAAGACGAUGGCGAUCGAACGGGUGCCGAUGCCACCGGGGUACCGGAUCCUCUUCGAGAUGGGGGCCCGCUUCUACCCCGAUUUGACGAGCUGYGAGGCACUGGGRUCCUCCCUGUGGAGCGGCCGCCUCCUCGUGGGGGACCUUGCCCUUCUGUACGAUGCCAUGUACGGAAAGGACAAGCGCGACGAGCACCACGUCCUGGCCUUUGUCGCCGUCGGGGAACACCACGCGGCGCUGUCCGUGCCGGAAGCAGGCGACGGCAACGGCAACGGCAACAACAGCCACCACGCGGCCCUCGAGGACCUUCUCGUGCGCGACGCCCUGGCCAGGAUCGACGAGCUCUUUGACGGCAACGGAACGAGGCACUACAAGUCGCACACAAUCCAGAACUGGACCACCGAGCCCUACAUCGGGGGUGCCUACACCUUUCCGAACCAUUCCCGAUCGGACUCGGAGGCGCUCGCGGCCUCCGAGUGGGACGGGAGCCUCCUCUUUGCCGGGGAGCACACCAGCGUCAAGUACUACAGCCUGGUCCACGGGGCCGCGAUCGAGGGCGUCCGUGCCGCGGUCGAGGCCGUGGUGGUGUGAGGAACAGAAAAGCGRGAUAGGGUGGAGCAAGCGAGUGAGCCGGUUGGGUUGAUUUCGAUGUGCUUUCGUUUGCUCGUCUUGUUCGCUCGCACGGAACAAUGCUGGUGCAAGCCAUAGAUUAGUACGAAGUAGUAUGCUACAAUUAUUGCUCCUGUGGUGUUGGAACUAAAAUACGAAGUAGUAUGCUACAAUUAUUGCUCCUGUGGUGUUGGAACUAAAAUAAUGCACGACGU